AUGGUUGAUUCAAAUGGAGCUGUUCUCGGCGAUAGACUAAGAAUAGAGGAUACGGAUACCAAUACUGUGGGAAGGGAAAGAAGAAUUUCAGAACCACUCACGGGCAGCCAAAGCCUGCUUGCUCAUCAGCAACAAGAACAUGAUACGACACAACGAAUAUCUUUUCCGAGUCCAAUGACUACUCGAAAGAAACCCUUUUCUCCAAGACUUCGAUUGGCACCAGCUUCACCUCCGCCACAACCACCAUCAUCGCAUUAUAAUCUAUUUUCCAACCAAUUGAAAGCGAUGGGAACGGUAUCAGCAUCAAGUGCGUCGAAUCAACAGCAGACACAAGGAGGGGGCAUACUACCGUCACCACCCUUGUCCAAGAAACCAGUUGUAGACGCCAGCAUUAGUCAGCAGAACCAGUACCAUUCUCGAAUCGCCACACAUCAUUGGAUGACAGCUCCCGAAGGAGGUAGAGCCUCCAAUCACCGUCAUUACGAUGACGAUGACGAUGACGUGGAAACAGAUCACCGCAGUGAUAGUCCAAAAAUAACCCGUGCAAUUCACUCGGAUGACAGUAUUGAAGACAUCGACAGUCCCCAUCGAUCCCAUCCACCAGCUGAUGGCGAGGAACAACAACAAGAAGUCGCACUAUUGGUAAAUGAGUCUCCCGAGCGUCAAAGAAGAAACAGUAGUUCAAGUUUUGCUGCGGACAGUAGCUCCGGUCCACUUUCACCCGCCCAUGAUGUGCUGAGUCCAAUAAGAAAGAAGCAAUCACCAAUGAAGCCAAUAACAAGUCCUAGAGCCUUUGGGUUCGAUGGGUCGUCACACCAUCAUAUUGAUCAGUAUGCAAAGGGGGGCACGCUGAUGGAAGAGAAUAACUCCAAUCAUCAAUUUUCACCUCAAAGUCCUAUUGAUCGACGACUUCGACAGUCGGUGGAGCGACGACAACGAAAGAGUGGAGCCUCUGCUAUGGAUUCGUCCGAUCUCGAAAAGUAUCUGAAAGGGAAGUACGGUAAAAAUGAAGACGGCAGGAGCAGUGUUUAUCAGUCUUCACCACAAACCCCAAGAGAUAGACGAAUCCGGCAGUCAGUCGAACGAAGACAACGGAAAAGUCAAACGAAGGAAGCCUCAAACAAUCACGGAAAUGAUGAUGAUUCAGACAAUGAUGACGAUGAUGAUGAUGAUUCGUUCGAAUACCUAGUCAGUCCCGGUGCCUUUAGCAUCCAUUCCAUUGGUGCUGUGGAUCAACACGCAAAGGGGAAACUAACCCAGCAUCCCAAUACUUCUCCUGACCCUCAACCACCAUUGUCGCCGCCCUUUCUAUCCGAUGACUCGCCACUCCCAACAGCAGCGGGAAAUAAUAGGCGGAAAUCCAACGAGCAACAACUUACCAGUGCAAGUUGCCAUGGUCCUCGUUCCCACGAUCGUAAUGUCAAUUCCAAUCGCAUUUUUGGGGACUCACUUCACCUCAGCCUUCAUUCUCCUCGAGAUACACCAAGGGUGACGGGUACAAUUGCCGCGAGAAGACCGCAACAACAAGUGGAUCCUCCAAUCAUGCGAGGGAGCCAACACGGUCGAACUCCCAUGCAUCUUGGCAUUAUGCCAUCAUUGAUAGAUGAAGGCCCAGUAGGGGACACUCCUACUCCGUCUCGUUCUGUUUCCUUGGACUCUUCGAUGGCCUCGAUUGGAAGAUCCAUGGUCCGCGUCAUUGGCGAUCGUAACCUCAAUGGUGACGACGUUGGAAACGGUGAUGGGGACGAUGAACCAAAUUCCAAAGCCGAUGACAACUGCUGCCAUCAACAGAAUCGUGUUCUUUGGAGCAUUGUGGUUGCCUUGGUAUUGAUAAGUGCCAUUGGUUUCGGUGUUGGCGUUGGCGCUCGGAAAUCUUCUCCAUCAGGGUUGCCACCACCGACUCUGCCCCCCAACAAUGCUGAUCCCAGCGACGACGUCCCUUUGCUCCGUCCCACUUUAGCUCCGAGCAACAACAAGGAUGAUUUGCUAUUAGAAUCUCUUUGGGCUUGGAUUCUAGAUGAAGGAAUAUCGGAUGCUGAAAGCCUAAAGGAUCUGGAAAGUGCGCCUUAUCGAGCCUUGCAUUGGUUGGCCUUUCAAGACCCGCUGCAGCUUCCUGUCCCUGUAAAAACCGCGGAUAACAACUCCACAGCAAUGACACAUGAACAGCAAGCGUUUCUGGAGCGCUAUGUUGCCUCGGUCCUCUACUUUGCUACGAAUGAACGUUUCGAUUUCCGAGUCCAAGAAAAUAGCGUAUGCUCCUGGCACACAAAAGGCAACAAAGGAAUCUAUUGUCGGGGGGAGAAUGCCGGUUACUCGAAUGGUGACAUCGGUGUGACGCAUAUUGUCCUUCCAAGGGCCUUCUUGGAAGGAUUCUUCCCUCCAGAACUCUGCAGCUUGCCCAACUUGGUCCAUAUUGACUUUAGUCACAACAGCUUAGCCAGUCUGCCCGAAAAUAUUGGGAAGUGUUCUCAGCUUGAGUCUCUUCUACUAGGUGAUAACCCAUGGGGAUUGGGAACAGAAAUCAACGGCUUGCCGUCCUCCUUGUUCGAGCUGACCAACUUGAAAGAACUACAGCUGUAUCAAUCGUUUCUGGAAGUUUCUUUGCCAUCCACAAUUGGAAUGCUAACCCAAUUGGAAGUGCUGCAACUGACAUCGAACAAGAUUUAUGGAACGAUUCCUCGUCAACUUUGGGACUUGUCUACUCUGCAAUUCUUGGACUUGGGUUUUAAUGAUAUCGAAGGUGGAAUAUCUUCUACAAUUUUCAAUACGAACUUGACGCAUCUUCUACUAGGAACAAACAUUCUGGAAGGGACACUGCCGUCGCAAAUUGGAGCGCUCGCGAAUUUGGUUCAGCUCGAUCUCAGCUCCAAUUAUCUGACUGGUGAAGUACCCAAUGAAUUUAGUUUGCUUUCAAAUCUUGUAGCAUUGGAUCUGAGUGGCAACUUUGACUUGACCGGUUCCCUAGAUGGUUUGUGCAAUUCCACCAGCAUGAAGAUUCUUCCAGCUGGCGACGAAGAAGAGGCACCUUGUUUGUUCUUUGCAAAUGAACAAUUGGUGUGUGCAUGCUGUACUAAGAUAGAAGACUGA